GGUCGCAUUGCUCGUCAGACGCUUCUGCUCGGGCUGAGCAAAUAAGCUCGUUCCAGCAGUACUUUGCCCCACCGCUGCGUGAGCAGCCAUGCGCACUGUGCUGCUGCUGCCGCUCGCGACAGCCUUCGUCACGCCGCACCGCCGCAUCCCAGCGCUGCAACGCGGCCAGCCCCUAGACGAGCUUGAGGCGACCGAGUCGGGCGGGCCGCUCGCCUGGUUCUUGAGGAGGGACAACCCGCUCUACGUCAGCGUGCCGUCGAGCGCCGCCAACUCCUUGAUCGCCGAGGACGCCGGCGUUUAUGAUUUUGAGGCCCAGAAGGAGGGCUGGAUCAAUUUUUCAUUGGCGGUCGGUGCGAUCUUAACCGCAUUAGCGGUGCUCUGGAUCUACCCCGCGACCGGGUAUAGUGAUGACGUCUUACAUUGGCUUGAGCACGAUGUCUGUGGAGACAACUCGCACUUAGUCACAUUGGCGUUCGGGAUUUUCUUCCCCAUCGUCCACUCGGGUUUAGCUUCCUUACGACCCCUCGCGGAACAAGUGGUAGGCGCGCGGUUCUGGCGCGUCGUUUUUGCAAGUUGCUCCUUACCAUUAGCCUACUCGUGGAUCGUCUAUUUUAUUGGACACGCCCACGACGGCUUCGAAUUCUGGAACGGCGAACCUAUUCCAUGGGUCCACGGUUUAGCAUGGACCAUCAACUUCCUCAGCUUCUUCUUCUUGUAUCCGUCUGUGUUCAAUUUGAAGGAGGUCGCCGCGGUAGAAAAGCCGAAAAUCCACUUGUGGGAAACAGGAAUAAUCCGCAUCACGCGGCACCCGCAGAUGGUGGGACAGGUCAUGUGGUCGGCGGCGCAUCUGGCGAUGGUGGGAACGACGUUCACUUUAUUGACGAUGAUUCUGUUGGUGGGCCACCACGUCUUCGCGGUCUGGAAUGGGGAUAGACGUUUGAAGGAUGAGCACGGUGAACGGUUUGAGCUGAUUAGAGAAAGGACGUCGGUGGUCCCCUUCGCCGCAAUAUUGGAUGGAAGGCAGCAAUUGCCGCCGGACUACUGGAAGGAGUUGCUGCGGGCGCCCUACGCGUUGAUUGCCGUCGGGACGUUGGGAGCGUACCUGGCCCACCCCUACAUGCAGGCGGGCGCCGCGCUCGUGGAAAACACGGGUCUUGUCAAGGGCGGGAUUUUAGAUCCGCUCUUCGCGAGUCUGGGGUAACUACUAUAGCUAGC